AUGACGUUCAACAACAGAAACAGCAAUGGUAAUAGUGAUGCAGCCCAACACUUGUCGGCUGCCACUAAGUUGAGACGCCAUCUGGAGACUGACGAAAUCAUUGUUGCUCCUGGUGUCUACGAUGGCUUCAGCGCCCGCAUCGCCAAUGAAGUAGGAUUUGACUGCAUCUACAUGACUGGAGCUGGUACCUGUGCGUCUAAACUAGGCCAGCCCGAUCUUGGUUUUGCAUCACUUAACGACAUGCGAGAACACGCCGAGAUGAUUGCCAACCUCAAUCCAUCGGUACCCCUCAUUGCUGAUGCCGACACGGGAUAUGGAGGACCCAACAUGGUCGCUCGAACUGUGUCGCAGUAUCAUCGCUCCGGUGUCGCAGGCUUGCACAUCGAGGAUCAAAUCCAGACCAAGCGAUGCGGCCACCUUGGAGGCAAGGCAGUCGUCGAUAUCGACACCUUCACGCAGCGUAUUGGUGCGGCUUACCAAGCUCGCAAACAACUAAACUCCGAUAUCGUUAUCAUAGCACGCACCGACUCGCUGCAGACACAUGGCUUCGAUGAGGCUGUCCGGCGACUUCAAGCAGCGGUCGGAGCUGGUGCUGACAUUGGCUUCCUCGAAGGCGUUACGACGGCGGAAGAAGCUCGCAAAGUUUGUGAACUUAUGGCACCCACGCCUAUGUUGCUAAACAUGGUUGAGCACGGAGCGACUCCCUCUUGGACGCCUGACGAAGCCAAAGAGUUGGGUUACAAGAUGGUCAUCUUCCCUUUUGCUUCAAUUGGGCCUGCCUACCAGGCUAUCAAGGAUGUGUUCGUGAAGAUCAAGCAGACAGGAAGGACUGGACUGGAGAAAGACUUUACACCUAAAAAGCUAUUCACUAUUGUUGGUCUGGAAGAGGCCAUGGCACUGGACAUUGCGGCGGGAGGGCAGUUGUACAACAAAGUCUAG